CGUGCCUUAGUUUGUUUACGGCUCAGUUCGCGGACGGAGAGGAGCCCGGAGGAAUACACUUUUUGGAGCGUUCCAGCAGCAUCGGCUUGUCCUGUGUAGCGAGUAACACCCAAGCCACUUCGAACACACACGCGCACCCAUUCUAUUUGCUACAUACGCGAGCACCAGAGAUGGAUAGUAAAACCGAGAAGGAACAUCACCAAGACAUGGAUAACGCCAGCAACAUGGACAUCCGCAGUGCCAAGGAAGAGCAGCUUACGAACUUCCCUCUUGGUGCGGUGCUGCUGGACCUCGAGGAGCGAGACCUGCCGAGCAUCGCCGCCCGGGUCGUGGACAAGAUGGUGGCGUGCGACCAGAUCCCCCCCGACCAGCGCGACGCCGUGGUCCGCAUCCUACUCCUCAGACACAAACACAUCCGCGAAAACCAAUCCUCCUUCAGGCUCCCCUCCCGAGGGUCGAAGUCCACGCUCAAUAGCAGCUCCGAGGAGAAGCUCCCUCACUCGCCUACGACCCUGAGUUUAGACGGUGGGCUGCGAGCCUCGGUGCGCAAGGCCGGCCUCUCCAACCUGUUCCACGUGAACACCUUCUCCGGCUUCCGGCGCCAGAACUCCAACGAGGAGACCAGCAACGGCGGCGUCCUCUCCAACGGCAGCGUGGCGAAGGACCCGAGCCCCGACGCCAAGGCCGCCAACCGCGAGGAAUCCUACACGCAGAUCGACAUCGAGGGCGAGGCCCAGCCGAAGGACAAGGGCGGCUCGAAGGACGACCUGCGUAGGAACAACAAGGACCUGCUCAAGAAGAUCCCCGAGGGCGCCGAGGCCACGGCUGUGCUCGUGGGCGCCGUAGACUUCCUCAAGCAGCCUACCAUCGCCUUCGUCAGGCUGGCUGAGGGCGUCAUGAUGGACAACCUGGUGGAGGUGCCCAUCCCCGUGCGCUUCAUGUUCGUGCUGCUGGGCCCCUUCCACGGCGAGAUGGACUACCACGAGGUGGGCCGCUCCAUCUCCACCCUCAUGUCCGACAAGGGCUUCCACGAGGUGGCUUACCGCGCCCACUCGCGCGGCCAGCUGCUCUCGGCCAUCAACGAGUUCCUCAACGCCUCCAUCGUGCUGCCGCCCUCCGACUGGAACAACAAGGACCUGGUGCCCAUCGACGACAUCCGCGCCAAGGCCAACCAGAUCAUGAAGAAGAAGGAGAGCCUCCGCUCCAAGCGCAAGCAGACGGACACGGCGGCCGUGACCCCAGCCUCCGCAGGCGAUGGCGACGGCGGGAAGAAGAGGCCUCCUCCGAGGGAUCCUCUCAUCCGCACCGGGAAGCCCUUCUUCGGCGUCCUGCAGGACAUCAAGACCCGCUACCCGCUCUACCUCUCCGACAUCAAGGACGGCCUCAGCGGGCAGGUGCUGGCGGCGGCCAUCUUCAUCUUCUUCGCCGCGCUCUCCGCCGCCAUCACCUUCGGCGGCAUCUACGGCGACCGGAUGGACAACUACAUCGGCGUGGGCGAGACGCUGCUCAUCUCCGCCGUCAACGGCAUCAUCUUCGCCCUCUUUGCCGCCCAGCCCCUGCUCAUCGUGGGCGCCACGGGCCCGCUCAUGAUCUUCGACAUGAGCUUGUAUUCGUUCUGCCGGUCGUAUGAGAUCGACUUCUUGGCCACGCGAGUGUGGGUGGGAAUAUGGAUGACCGUGACCGCCAUCCUUGUCACCGCCUUCGAGGCCGUGGCCGUCGUCAAGAAGUUCACGCGCUUCACGGAGGAAAUCUUUUCGACGCUCGUGUGCCUCAUCUUCAUCUACGGUGCCUUCGAUAAGCUGGGUGAGAUCUUCACCAAUCACCCUCUCCAGUCCAAGUACGGUUUCAAGGACAUCAACGGCACGGAAAUUGCGUCUGGCAUCAUCAUCAAUGGAACUCUCUACAAUGCAACCAACAUGGAGGACGAGGACGUGACAGCCAUCGAACCGGCUCAGCCCAACACUGCUCUCCUUUCCCUAAUUCUGAUGAUCAGCACCUUCCUCAUUGCCUUCAAGCUUAAACAUUUCCGUAACUCCAAGUUCCUCGGCAGAAGUGUACGUCGUGCUCUUGGUGACUUUGGUGUGCCCAUCUCCAUUGUCCUUAUGGUCACCCUGGACUACCUCAUCCAUGACACCUACACCGACAAGCUCACCAUGCCCGAAGGUCUCAGCCCAUCCAACCCAGCUAUCAGAGGCUGGUUGAUUAACCCCAUGGGAGUCACCAAGUCACUGCCCGUCUGGGUCAUCUUCCUCGCUGCUCCUGCCUCCCUGCUCCUCUUCUGCCUCGUGUUCCUGGAAGAGAACAUCUGCCACCUUAUCUUGAGCAAGCCUGAGAAGAACAUGGUAAAGGGAUCAGGUUUCCACUGGGAUCUGAUCCUCUCCUGUUUCAUCAAUUUUGUGUCUGGGCUCUUCGGUGCUCCCUUCAUGGGCCCAGCCUGCGUGAGAACUGUGUCCCACACUUCUGCUCUUACUGUCAUGAGCUCGACCCACGCCCCUGGAGAGUCUCCCAAGAUUGUGGGCGUUCUUGAGCAACGAGUUAGUGCCAUCAUUGUGUCAGUCUUGGUAGGACUGUCAGUGUUCCUAACAGCAGCUCUUAACCUUGUACCUAAGUCCGUGCUGCUAGGCAUCUUCCUCUACAUGGGUAUCUCUGCUACAGCUGGUAUUCAGUUCCUCGAGCGCACAAUUCUUUUCCUCAUGCCAGUCAAACACCAUCCUAACGUAGCUUACGUGAAGAAGGUGCGCACAUGGAAGAUGCAUGCAUACACCGGCAUUCAGCUCCUUAUGUUGGCAAUCCUAUGGAUUGUAAAGCAGUCUCCUGCUGCUCUCUGCUUCCCAUUCGUGCUCAUGUGCCUCAUUCCUAUCAGAUUGUACCUUCUUCCCUAUGCAUUCAGUGGAGUUGAGCUCAAUGCACUUGACGGAACUGAGGCUACAGCCACUGCAAACAACGAUGAUGAGGAGCCUGACUUCUUCGAGGAAGCUCAUGACUUGCCGACAUACAUUGACCACCACCACCAGAACUGAGUGCCCCCUCCUUUGCACAGAAGAUCAUCUCUGUUCUGCAGUAGAUCUUUUCAAAGGAAAGAAAAACAAGGCAAACUGGUUAUGAUUAAGUAGGCUUUUAUUUUUUAGAAAAGGAAGAAUUUGUUUUCUUUCUAAUUUUUUAUUUAAAUUUCUCCAUAUGUAUAUAUAUAUCCUCAGAAUAUAGUACUUUGUGUCUUUUAAGUGAUUUUCUUAAUUCUGAGAAUUGGAAAGUAAUUGGGGAAUUUAUGGUACUUACAGAUAAUAGAAUAUUGUGGAGGAUUUAGACAAACAGCCAUGAUUCAGUGUAAAUUUUAUGGCUUUUUAGUCAGUUGUCCAGGUUUUAUCAUCAUUAAUUGUUGAUGGAAUAGCUGUGUAUAUUCAAAGGAGGAUCUGAACAUGCUGUGCAUGAUGAAUUUAUUGUCCUCUCGUGAAGGAGAAAUAUAACUUAGGGAGAUUGAUUGUUUUGCUGCUUUCCGUAUAAUAGUCAUCUCUUUUUUACACUUGUAGUGAAGACUGGAAUGAAGUUCAACAUGUGAUUAAUAUUUCUAUCCAAGUAUUUCAAGUUGAUUUGACAGAAUUUUACUUUUAAAGCUUAUUAUUCUUAGCUGGAGUAUUUUAAGUCACUUAACCAGACCCAGUGAUGGAUCUGUUCACAGUUGUGAAGGGACAGUACAAGACUUUUAUCAUUCCACAAUAUGGUGCUGAAUAAACAUAUAGGUGCUUUAGUAAAACAUCUUUUCUGUGAGGAAGAGGCUGUAAGCUGUUUAGAUGCUCCGUCCAUCAGUAUUUAAGGUGAAGAUGUUAUUUUUCCGGAUGAAAAGCAAUUUGCUCAAGUUAGUUGGUUUUGCAGAAAAAUUAAUCAAAUGUUCCAUUAAUGUUGAGAGGCUGAUGUAAUCAGAUAUUUAUGUGAUAUGAUUAUCUAAUUUUUAUUAUUCAUAAUCUUCAAGCAUUUGUAGGGAUUGUGCAAGUUCAGUACUCUAAUCCUGUUAUAAGGCCCCAAACUGCAGCUGUUUAGUGAAUCCAUUUAGACACCAAAUAGCGACCAAGAGCACAGCCUAACUUCCCAUAGCUCUUGCUUGUUCUUUAGUGUCUAGCAGAGGCAUUGGCUUGCAAGAAAUUAAUCUGCAGAAUCUAGUAUCCAGGGAGGCUGGGACUGUUGUGGGUCAUUUUAUUUAUAUUUUUCUUUUUUGAGAUCCGACAUUCCUAUCCAUUAGUAAUAUAUCACUCAAGUGUUGGCUUCAAGACACCUAUAACUAUGUAAUAGUAGUUGUUAUUGUGUUGUGGGCUGUAAAUGUAUUGCUUUUGUUUCAUCACAUUUCCUUGUGCCAAAUUUAUUAAUGUAAUUUUUCAUGAUCUUUUUUUUUUGUUUUUUUAUCUAUUUUGAUUUGAAGAACUAUAGUGACCUACAUGUACUCAAUAGUGGGUUAGAUAAUUGCAUUGAAAUUUUUAAGGUGACGUGCCUUGUUUAUUUUUCAUCAUUUUGUACAUUCAUGCAGUACCCAUUAGCAUGUUUCAUUUACUUCUGUUCUAAUUUUAUAAAUAUAUAUGAGCUGCCAUAGCUUCCUUUGUAUCUAGUUUGAGUUCUCCAUUUUCAUCACACUUUCUGUGGUUAUUUUAUUUAUAGCUAACAAUUGAACAAGCUCUGUUCUAAGGGAACAAUGGGCUUUUCUUUAACCAGCAGAAUUUUGUGAUGAAAAUGCUCCAACUAUUGGGAGUAAAUCUGUGAUGUGAAAUAGAGAGUAUCCAAUGUGUGUGUGUGUAAAUAGUACAUACUUUUUUUGAUGUAUACCAUGUUUGUCCAGACUGUCUUUACAUUAUAGUGUUGCCUCCAUAGAUGUCUGUAUAUAGAUAUAUAUAUUAAUGUGAGAUAUUUUAUCUCAACAAAAGGUAUAAUAAACUUCACAGGUGAAAAAAA